UUAUCCAUCUCUGUGUGAGAGCUUGGACAAGGGCAAGAACGUAUUCCAAAUUGAUAAAAGGAUUUGUAUGGAAUUCAAAGCAGAGCCAAAUUUGAAGUAAUAUCUCUGAACCUGAAUAGAUGGCUUUUCAGCUUCAUCCCCCUGCUUUAAAUAUUUCUCCAGUAGAAGCUAAGAAACUGUGUCUGAAUGGAACACCCUGGAUUUGGCAUCUUCUUGAAGAAUGUGUCAGGAAUGCAUGGGAAUACUGGAGCAUUCUGCUGGGACUGAUCUCUGUUGCCUGCUUUCUGUUUGCUGCACUGCCUCAACUCUACGUAGCCUACCAGAAUGGAAAAGUGGAGCAAGCACUUUCUUUGAGUUUUCUGCUGUGCUGGCUUGCAGGAGACCUCACCAAUUUUAUUGGGUGCUAUUUGACAGAUCAACUUCCGAUACAGACUGUAACUGCAAUUUUUUAUAUUAACAUGGACAUAAUUGUGAUAUCUCAGUUUUUCUACUAUAAGUUAAAAAAUCAGAAGAUAACAAAAUGUGGAAUGAAUACCAAGUAUUCUUGUAUAGCCUGGGUCCUGAUAUGCUUAUUACUCUGUUUAAUCUUACCUACUCAGCUGUUGAUGAGAAAUAACAUCCAGAAUACUAUUUUGGGAUCCAAUGAGAAGUCUCACGGCAUGGCUGAAAUAUCAGGCUUUGUUUGUGGCUAUUUAUCGUGUGUGUUUUACUUGGGAUCUAGAAUUUCUCAGCUCCAUAAAAAUUUUCAAAGAAGAUCGACAGAUGGGACGUCUUAUCUUUUGUUUGCAUUAGCCAUGAUAGGCAAUGGCACAUAUGGCCUGAGUCUUGUCUUAAAGAUGCCUGCAACACAAUAUCUUAUAAGUCUUUAUUUCUGGCAUCACCUCCCUUGGUUUAUUGGGAGCUUCGGAGUAUUGUUACUAGAUAUUUUUAUAACUGCACAAUUUAUUAUGUACAGACAACAAAACAAGAGACUUGGUUCAGUGGCCUUGGAGGUGGAACCCUUGCUCAUAAAUGAAGAUUCUUAAUGUGCACAUUUCUUUGGUGGUACAUUCUUUUAGAACAACUUGGAUCUGUAGUUAACUUCUUGUUGAUUUACAUAGAUCAAUUCUGGAUCCCUGCCAGUAUAUUCAUUCUAAAGCCUUAAAGAUUUUUUAUUUAUAAGCAGAGAAUGGUGCUAAUAAGGUUCUUAAGUUAUUCAGAUUAUUAACCUUAGUCUUAAAGCUGAUUUUUGGUUAAUCUUAAAUUAUUGCAAAAAGUAAUGAAGCCAAAACUAAUAGUUUCAGGAUGAAUACAUUGCUUGGGUUUUAAGAAUUGUAAUUCUUAAAUAUUAUCCAAUUUUUGGAAUACUGGAUAUCAGUUAUUUUUCCUUCCCUUUUUCUUGUUGUUAAUUGUUAAACAAAUUUACAGUCGCAUGUAUAGUUCUUGACAAUUUAUACAAUGUAAUGCAUGCUAACCAUGGCCAAUGUAAUAUCAUUUGUUAAAAUGUUUUCAAUGCUGUAUUUUUCCCUUUGUUUUGCUGAAGAACCAAACAUAGGAAGAAGGGAAAGAAACCAUCAUGGUAACUCCUUUUGGAAUUAGCAUUUCAUAAUGAUUUUUAGAUGGAUAACCACAUUUCACAGUAAUAGUGUAGUGAAAGUCCAAAUCUCACAUGAAAAUAAGAACAGCUUACCACAGGAAUAGAAAAUCUUUCUGUUGAGGCUUAAGGCAACAUCCAUCCAUGGAGAAUGUUUUGGAAGCAACAUGCUGGCAGGCAGCAAGGCUCCAACUCCACGCUCUCCAUCUCUGUCAGUACUUAUUCCUAACACUUAUGGAUCCUCCUGCCAAUAUCUGAACAAUGGGAACAAAGAUGCUGUGCUCAGUAUUUUGAAAUGAGACUUGCAACUUGAAUCCAUACUUUUGAGUGCAAAUAUCAAUUUUAGUUCCACAUGUGCUAAUUUUAAAGCACCACUAAAAAAUUACAAUGCACUUUGGAGACAUCCCAGGAUCGUGUUGAAAAAGUAUACUCUUUCUGUUGAGUUUUACUUUCAAAAUUUUCUAACUGUUAUCAGUUGCCGUAAAAGCUUAGCACGUUUUUGAACUGUGGUUUGCUGCAGCUGGUCCCUCUGGAUGGUUGCCUUGUUUCUAAUCCUAAUGAGAUUCUUAGGUUUUAUUAUGUAUCGCUGAUGAGGGUGGAAUUAAGUACAGAGAGAUGUUUGAGUCAACUUUUAAAAAGAAUUAAUUAAUUGAGCAGCAUGGAAUUGGGAGGAUACUGCCAAAUUUUACAUUUCUGUGUGCAUGUCUGUAUAAAAACAUUGUUUCUUUUAAUUAAUAUUGAAUUUUAAUUUAAUACAUUAACUAUGCACAUCUACAUACUUGAAGAGCAGGAUCUGUAGGAUGGCAGGAUAGAGAAAAAAAGGAGACUUGAGUUUGACUAUCUUGCUUUUGGACACCUGCUGUAAUGGGAAAAGAUCUUUUUAAUAAGUUAAACAUAUUCAGAUGCAUAUUGGAUUUUUUUAUUUUCAUUUCAGAUUGGAUUUUUCCAU